AAACCAUCCACUCCGAUAUUUCUCUCAGCCAUCAUCUCCAUCACUCUUUGAGGAUAAUCCGGCAUUUGAAACAGCUCAAGUAGCUACCAGACACGUCAAAAUGUCGGAUGGAGAAGAGACCCCCGUCGUUGCGGCCGAAGAGGUCGAAGUUUCCGCCACCGCUACCGGCGGUAGCUCCAUGUCCGUUCUCGAUGCUCUCAAGGGUGUCUUGAAGAUCGCCCUCAUCCACGACGGUCUUGCUCGUGGCCUUCGUGAGGCUGCCAAAGCGCUCGAUCGUCGCCAGGCCCACAUGUGCGUUCUCAACGAGGCAUGCGAAGAGGAGGCAUACAAGAAGCUGGUCAUUGCUCUGUGCCAGGAGCAUAAGAUUCCAUUGAUCAAGGUGCCCGACGGCAAGAUGUUGGGUGAAUGGGUUGGACUCUGCGUGCUUGACCGUGAAGGAAACCCUCGCAAGGUUGUCAACUGCUCCUGCGUUGUCCUCCGUGACUGGGGAGAAGAAUCACAGGAACGCUCUGUCCUCCUCAACUACUUCCAGACUGAGCAGUAAAGCAAACAAGGUGGUUCCGCUCAGCGGCUGCUUGUUGCAUGUAUAGGCGGAACGUGAAACCAAGAAAAAAGCAAAAGUCUUCGGCUUUGAGUCACAAUGUUUUAUGUGAUAUCAAACGGAAAACAGAUUAAGAAAACAUGCAAGAUUUGUCGGACAGCAGAGAUGUUCGGGAAUCUACGAUGUGGACUUAGACCUAGAUUAUCCUGUUUGAUAUCGAAUGAAAUGCCAUCGAAGUAGUUGAUAUGUAUGGAUCGCAUCGCCCAUAGCUUAGGAAGUAAAGCUUGGCUAAAUGGAUAACUUCAUCCUUUC